UUGUACAAAAAUAAAUUAAUGUUCAAUUUUUAUUUCUCAUACUCAUAAAAUUACCAUAUAAUUAAUUCAAUAAAAUACCUAUUAAAGGUAAUGAAGUGAAACAUAACAAAAUAAUUCGUAAUGAAUUUAAGUGGACAUGCAGUGAAGUUUUUAAAGCCAUCGAACGAUAAUAAUGUUGUUUACUUGGAUAAAAAUGAACCAAUUAUUGAGAGUAAUGUAACAAAUUUUGUUUACAACAGACAUCAUUCACUUUCGUUACAAGCACAGCGUCAAAAAUUACCCAUAUUUAAUUAUAGAAAUCAUAUUUUAUAUUUAUUGGAAAAGUAUAGUUGUUUGGUGUUAGUUGGUGAAACGGGUUGCGGAAAAAGUACACAAAUACCUCAGUAUUUAGUUGAAGCAGAAUGGACGAAAGACGAAACUUUAAUAGGUGUAGCCGAACCGAGACGAGUUGCUGCUAUAACACUUGCAAGUCGUGUUGCCGAAGAAACGGGUACCAUAUUAGGUGAAGAAGUAGGGUACAGUGUAAGAUUUGAUGAUUGCAUUACAAAUAAAACUCAAAUAAAGUAUAUGACUACUGGUAUUCUUUUACGUGAAAUGAUGGCGGAUCCACUUUUAAAUAAAUAUUCGAUAAUCGUUCUAGAUGAAGCGCAUGAACGUAAUAUUCAGGCAGAUAUAUUAAUGGGUUUAUUAAAAAAAGUUUUAAAGAAAAGAAAGUCUUUAAAAAUUGUUAUAGCUUCCGCAACAUUAGACGCAGAAAAUAUUCGUGAUUUCUUUAAUUUCAACACAACGAAAGAUUCAGUAAAGGACACUUCGGUAAUAAUGAGUGUACAAGGACGAAAUUUUCCCGUUGAAAUAUAUUAUUUGCAAGAACCAGUACCAGAUUACGUAACAGCAACCGUGAAUACGAUUGUAAAAUUACAUGAAAGAGAGCCACCAGGAGAUAUAUUAGCGUUUUUAACGGGUCAAGAAGAAGUCGAUAGAGCUGUCAGCAUGCUUACGAGUAAUAUUCGAGAUAAUUUAAUUAAACGCAAUCCUAGCAAGCAAGAACUAGUUGUUUUACCUAUGUAUGGGUCUUUACCAUAUAGUGAUCAAUUGAAGGUAUUUCGACGUGCAGAUGAUAAUCAACGAAAAGUGAUUAUUAGUACAAAUGUGGCGGAAACGUCUGUUACAAUACCUGGAAUUGUUUAUGUUAUUGAUUGUGGUUUCGUAAAAAUGAGAUGGUUCAAUACUGAAACUCAAACUGAUCGUUUGGUAGUGGUUCCUGUUAGUCAGGCGUCAGCAGAACAAAGGUCUGGAAGAGCGGGUCGUAUGCGAGCUGGUAAAGCCUAUAGGCUCUACACUGAAGAGGAUUUCAAGAAAUUGCCAUUAAAUACUUUGCCAGAAAUGCAAAGAACUAACUUACUAGAUGUUGUACUUCAAUUAAAAGCCUUAGGAAUAGAUAAUGUUCUACGAUUCAAUUUUCCUAGUCCACCAUCAGCAAAAAAUUUAAUGAUUGCAUUUGAACUUCUGUAUGCGUUGGGUGCAAUUGACAUGACAGGGAAUUUAACAAAACCAGAUGGUUUAACUAUGGCAGAAUUUGCAUUGGAGCCAUUAUUUUCAAAAAUGUUAAUUGAAUCAGGUAAACUUGGAUGUUCUGAUGAAAUAACGUCAAUUGUGUCAAUGUUACAAGUUGAAAACAUUUUUGUUAAACCCAGAAGCGGUGAAGCUUCAAUUCGUGCUAGGAAACAGAAGCGUAAUUUUGAAGUACAUGAAGGUGAUUUGAUAACAUUGUUGAAUGUGUAUAAUGGUUACCGUUCUAGUGAUAAUGCACGAGCAUAUUGUAGUCGUCAUUUUUUAAGUUAUAAAGCAUUACAACGUGUUGAUGAAAUUCGUACACGAAUUGAACAUACGAUGAGAAAUUAUAAUAUUCCAAAGUCAUCAAGCAAUGGUUUUUCAGAACCAAUCCUCAAAAGUAUUACAGCGGGGUUGUUUCCGAAUGCAGCAUAUUUACAUCAUUCCGGCGUGUACAAAACAAUCCGUGGAGAUAUUGAACUGUAUAUUCAUCCUAAUAGUGUGUUUUAUACGAUGCAACAACCACAAUGGGUUCUUUAUACUGAAAUAUUAUUUACAAAUAAACUAUACAUGCAAGAAAUAACAAAUAUUAAAGAAGAGUGGUUAAUAGAAGUAGCACCUCAUUUUUACAGAAAAACCAAUUUACGUGAUUUUGUUUGA